CCACGAUUCAUCUCCUUCAACAACCCCAAAACAUGCUCAUACGUCCACAUCGUCACAGCACUCGCCGGCGCAGCCUUGAUCAAACUAACCGUCAACCCCCUAUACAACCCCCUAACCCCCUGCGCCGCCAAAAUAUCCCUUAUAGUCCUCAACACCCCCUCAUACACGGGGAUAUUGGUGUGAAUAUACCUCGCCCUCGUCGGGCCCUGCACCUGCAACCGCUUCCUCACGAGAUCCAACGGAAACACCCCCGUCUUCGCAAUCACGCUCGCCACCACGCCCGCGCCCGCAUCGCCCGUACCAUACGGCAAUUCCCAGCCGGCAAUGGGGUUGCGCACGGCCUCGUACGCAGCGAAGAAAAGGCCCAUGUACGGGAUGAUCUGGGCGAUGGCGGCGGUGGCGCCGCGGAAGAAGCCGCGCGGGCCCUCUGUGCGCGCGAUGUCGCGCACGGACGCGCGGAGGGAGGCAUAGAUCUUGUCGUUGCCCUGGGCGGCGAAGCGGGUGCGGAGCAGGUCGAGGGGAUAUGUGGAGGCGGUGGCAAGGCCGCCGGCGACGGCGCCGGAGAUGAAUGAUUCGGCGGGCUGGGGGAUGGGGUGUGGGAGGAGAGGGAGAGGGGGGAGGGCGCGGAGGGCGCUAGAGACGGCGCGGUAGCUGGAAAAUUGGAUGCCGCCAUAGCAGACGUAGAGGAGUUCAGCGGGUAUGUUGCCUUUCCAGAGGCCCUGGAGGUUUGGGUUCAGGUACUUAGUUGGUUGGUUCAAUGGGGUUGUGGAGAGGAAAGAUAUGGAUUGGACGUACUGUUAUGCCUUCAUCGCGGAAUAUAGACUUGAGGGUUGAGAGUGUCCCUUUGUAUACAGGGCCUUUGAUGUCGCGGUGGGAGAGGGGGUCGGAUAGUGAAUGAACUUGGAGCUGCAGGCGGAUCUUGACGACAUCGAGGGGUGCGAUGCAGAAUCUAAGGUCUGUUAGAACGUUUUAAAGGUAUAAACUCCAGGUAUAUUGCUGCGUACCUCGAGACCAGGCCAGCAGCUGCGCCUGCAGCAACUACCUGUAUUCUGUUGCCCUAUAAAUUCCGGAAAUAUUAGUUUUCAAAUCCAGAUAGAAAAGAGGCCACUGCAUAUAUAAUUUUUGAUUGAAACAUUCCCACUCACUUCCUCAUUGAGAUGUUCUCCCCCAGCCGACAUACACAGACAAGAGUAGAGCAGAGAUCUCUCCCGUUUUUCGGUAGUGACCGAAGAGAUUCGAAAGGUUAACUGGAGAUUUCCAAAGAGAACAUGGGUGGAAUUGCUCUCUUAAACAAGAUAUAAACACCAAGAACAACAAGGAUUGAAUUCAUCGCAAAGGAAAUAAAUAUCCAGAAAUCCUCCGAAUCACGUGAUUCGAUACUGCCGGGCGAUUUUUCCCCUAUGGCGGCUCGCAAGAACGACAACAACAACAACAACAACAAGGACGAAUGGCAGACAGAUAGACGACCCAGUGGCAACAAUUAGGCGCUCUUUUGCCUCGCUUAUUGAUAGCUUAGAUUCCCCAGAGAGAUUGGCGCCAUGUCUUUUGCUCUCGCGCCUCUGCGCCAGGCUCGAGCGAGGCUGGCCGCUUCAUCCCAGCUUCGACGGACUGCCGGCCAAAUUGUGUACCCGUCUAUUCUACAGCUGCGAGCGGGUUACAGCGAUUCCGCCGAAACCCAGACUGCCCCCGAGGCAUCUAGACCGAUCGUGAGGAGGAUCCCGUAUGCACCUGGGAAGGAAUCAACAACAAAUGGGAAGCCGCUCGUGCGGAUGGUCGGAGGAUCACCCAUGAGGUCCUUUAUAAUCCCUUCCGUCAAGUCUGCCGCAGUUGGCGAGAAUGGCACAGUGAUGAUUACGACCGCAAACCAACAACUGGUUUAUAUCCAUAGCAUUCGAUUACGGGAUGCCUGUACCUGUCCCAAGUGUGUCGACCAGUCGACAAAACAACGAGAGUUUCGCAUGACUGAUAUACCCGAUGACGUUGCCGUGGAGACUGUCAAAGUUCAAGAUGGCCAAUUGGUAGUGACAUGGCAAAAUGAUAUCCCUGGUUAUGACGAGUCCCAUGUGUCGACAUUUUCCCCAGAGCAAUUGUCUAUUAUGACCGCGGUUGAGAAGUUUUUCCGAGCCAAGGAGGGCCGCCGCACCUCUUGGAAUAAAUCCAUUAUGGAGGAGAACCAGCAUUGGGUUUCGUUCAAAGAUUAUAUGGAGGACGAUUCACAAUUUUUCCUUGCCAUGCGCAGUUUGAAGCACUUGGGCUUGCUUUUUGUCAAGGACAUCCCGGAUUCGGCUGAGAUGGUUGAGAAGAUUGCGACCCGCAUGGGCCCGUUGCGCAAUUCAUUCUACGGCCAAACAUGGGAUGUCCGCAGUGUUCCAGAUGCCAAAAAUGUUGCCUAUACCAAUAAACACCUUGACUUUCACAUGGACCUGUUGUAUAUGAAGGACCCACCUGGGUAUCAGUUGCUUCACUGCUUAAGGAACUCCUUCGAAGGCGGCGAGUCGCUCUUCGCAGACACCUUCCUGGCGGCGGUACGUUUGCUGCGAAACGAUCGCUCUCUGUUCGACGCCCUUGCCAGAACGUCCACUCGUUUCGAGUACAAGAAUAACAACCAGCAUUACCAAUAUUCCCAUCCUACAAUCGAAAUCGAGGCUGGAGAGGAAUUCCUCGGAAACCCGCCCAAGACGAGCACUACCCCUUACGUCAACUACGUUAAUUAUUCCCCGCCGUUCCAAGCACCUUCCUACCUAACAGAGCGCGUGAAAGACGUUUCGGAUGUGAAACUCUACCUUAAAGCCAUGAAAGCCUUUGCUGCCGAGCUUGCCAAGCCAGAGAACAUAUUCAAAAUUAAACUGGAACCGGGCCAAUGCGUGAUAUUCCAAAACCGUCGUGUGGUUCAUGCGAGGAACGCAUUUGACCUCUCCGGGGCCAGCGAUGGGGAAAACAGCGGCGAACGAUGGUUGCGCGGCGCAUACGUGGACGAGGAUGCUUUGAAGUCGACAUAUCGCCAGCUGAGUCAACGGGAUCAGUUCAGUUGGAUGAACCACCCCGCACGCAAGCUUGUAGCGAGUUUAUAUGAGCAGAAGACGCAGACUGCUACGAAGGAUGUUUAAAGAAGUCGAGGAUCAAAGUCAAGACACCCAGAGGCAAGGGCUCCGAGCUUUUGGGCCCUUGCGUUUGUGAAUCCCCCUGAACGAAUGAUAGAGGUCAAGAAAUAUGUAGUUUAGCUAUAUUGACUAAUCUUAUUGUUCAGCAUCUGGUCAGGGCGAUUCUAAUUUUUUUUUUUUUUUUUUUUUUUUUUUUUUUUUUUUUUUUCGAUUUUCAUUUCAGUGGGUGGAAUAGUAUUUGGAGAAGGAAUCAGUAUGCAGUGAAGCGAGGAGCUAGGGAUUGUGAUCUUAGAAAUGCAUAUACUGGCAAUUGUGCACUGUAUUUUAGAAUUCGAUAUUUCCACUUCCUCUUCUCGUGUUAUUUUACAUUUAAUUGGCAAUCCCCUCAAUUCCAUUGAUUUUGCAUUAUUAUCUGAUUUUGGGCUUUAUAACCUGCUGUCUGCUGUAUCCAUCCCGGGAAACCCUCUCUCGGAAAGUGCCCAGUCCGAUUUGAAGGGUGGAUACUAUGCCAAGUGGCCCACGUUGCUUUCAUGCUCAACUAUCCCAUGCGUGGAGAUAGCACUAGGGAAAAGCGGGAGAAGGUCGAACUGCUUUUAGAACAAGUAUACCACGGAAGAUGUAGAGAGUCGUAAGAAAUAGAUCUGAAUACGAAAAUUCAAGACGGAAGAGUUUACUGAAGAAAUUGCAUUCCGCAAUUUAAUCAGGGGAGUGGAAAGAACGAAAGAUAUCUAUGCUUAUCCUCGCGGUGCUACCGAGUAAUCUUUGAAAAACUCCGGGUUUGCGCUGACUUCCU